GGUCGAGUGGCUUGCAUUCAUUAGCGGAGCCCGGCAGAGGAAGUAGGCCAAGCGUCGAGCGUCUCGGGGUUGAUUCCACCUCGGCCGCCGCCCCGAUAGGUGCCUUUGGAUGGUGCUAUUUGUCAACUGAAAUGUAUCCCCAGGAAUAGAUGAUCGGUGGGAGUUUCUGGAACCAGUUUGCAGCAGGUGUGCCUGGUUAAUCGUGAAGAGGGGAAAAAAUGUCUUCCGGUCGUGAUGUUUCCUCUGAUGACAUUGAUUCUAUAGCCAACUUGCUGCGGACAUUUCUACCUGACAAUGAGAACCUACCAAAAACGGACAACACUUCUCAACUACUACAUCAUGUUGAAAGCACUAUUGAUUCAACCUCCUCAACUGCUGUCUUUCAAAAUCAACAUAAUUUGCAAGUUUACUCUAAUGAGCCUAACGCUUAUGCUCAUGCAUAUGCUACUCAGAAGAAUGAACCUGAAGAGGCAAAGGUGGAAAAGUCUACAAAGUCUCCGAAGAAAGAACGACCUGAAACUCCAAUGGAGGAAGGACCAAGAGAAUCAGACCCUGAAUGGGAACCAGACAAAGAGGAGGGGUCUGGGAACUCUGACAGUGACGCGACAAUCGACAUCCCUCUCAGUGAAAUCACUGCCAUGACGUCUUCAGCAAAGAAAAAGUCUGUCCCCGGUAGAUCUAAAGAAUCCUCGAAACCUCAGCCCACACCAGCAAAUAUACCUAGUAACUCUGUAAAACGCUAUGUUUGUUUCAUCUGUGAUGCAAAAUUUUCAGAACUGGAGCCUCACAAUGAGCACAUGAAGUCCCACUGUUUUGACCCAAUAGACAUGAAGUGCUUCGACUGUGGGGAGAGGUUCAACCGAAGGACUGCGUUCAACGUUCACCGCAGGCUUUCCACGUACGAGCUCUGGGUGGAUAAAGACAAGAAACAGCAGUUUGAGUUGAACCAUGGGAGUGAAGCAAGAGAAAAUGGAGGUGACCAUGAUUUCAACACUGAACAUUACAUCUGCAACGAGUGUGGCUGUCCGUCCUACCGUUUCAAAACGUUUCUGAAGCAUGUUCGCUCGCAUAAAAUGGAAACCCCUUACGUCUUCAAGUGCUCAGCCUGUCCCGAGGGUUACCCUGCCCCGUGCCAACUACGACAGCACAUUGAUUCCCAACACUCCCUGCUCAUGCCAUUCCAGUGUGACAAAUGCCUGCGGAGGUUUAAGCUCAAGUGUUCCUUGGUCACACACACUAAGUUCUGUGAAGUAAAUCCUGAAAGUAUUCCGUACGUGAAAGAGAUGCAGUUCAUUGACCAACUGAGCCAGCAGAGAAAGUACCAAGGCACAGACGGAGAGGAGGAUGGCAUGUCUCAAUUCUCCUGUCCAAUUUGCACUGUGAUGUUCGAUUCACCUCAAGAAUUGCAAACCCAUCUUCACUAUCAUGAUGAAACCAAGCCAUACAAAUGUGAGGAAUGUGGCCGGGGCUUCAGCAACAAGCGGGCUCUGCAGAAACACGAAUCUCUCCACCAGAGUCAUGAUGAGUGCUGGUGCAAGAUCUGUGGUGUCCAGCUACUGACCAAGAGUGGCUACAACGCUCACCUGAGGGGCCACAGAAACCAAGAGAUGCUGCAGGCGGAGGCAGCCAAGGUGAAUGCUCCUUGCCCUAUACAACCACCGCCCAGCUCCUCUUCUGAGUCUGCUGCAGAAAUUUUAAUGAAAAUCAAAGUGAACAGUGAGUCUCGUGGUCGGAGAGGAGACAGUUCAGGCAAGCCUAAAACCAAUCGUAAGGGCUCUUUUAAAAAGGCCAAGUCUUAUGCCUGUCCGGUUUGUGGCAUGCUGUUCCACAGCGGUGGGGAAAAGUUCCAGGCUCAUGCUCGCCGGGAGCACAAGGACGCAGAGUUUGAAAAGUGCAAGUUGUGUUUCAAGUCAUACUUAGGUAAGGAAAACUUGGCCAGACAUCUGAGACUGCACCAGAUGUACACCACCACCUUUACUUGUGAUGACUGUGGCAAGGUGUUCAGGCGUAAGUACGCUCUGCAAGUUCAUAAGAAGCUGCACACUUUCAAGAAAUUUGUCAGUUGUGAUAUAUGUGGGCAAGAGUUCCGUUUUGUCUCCGAGGUUGAUAAGCACAAGCACACCAAGCAUCGCUAUGAUCGGAUGCUAAAUAUUUAUAAGUGUAGCAUUUGCGGGCAGCGCUUUCCAAUGUUGAGUCACCUGAGUGUUCACUGUCACAGUCAUAAUAUGCCUGAUGCAAAACCGUUCGAGUGUGAUUUGUGUAAAAUUUCCUACAGCAACAGUACAGAACUGAAGCAACACAUCUACCAAAAACACGACAAGCUCAUGAACACACUGGGAGAGGCUGUGUACAUUCCAAGCACGGGAAGCUUCAUAUCAUUCCCCGGGGGCGACGCAGCUGAUGGUGUGGUCGUUAAACCGGAAGAUAUCGGUGGAGAGGAACAAGGAGAGCAUACCAACAAGACAGGGAACGCAAAAGCCGACGGUUCUGACGCUCCAAUGGAUUUGUCAGCCUCAGAGCAAAAGAACGGCACUGAUGGUGUAGAAGUUAAAGAGGAGAAAGAUGAUAAGAGUCUGGCCCAUACGUACGUGGAUGCAUACAACUGGGCUACAAGACAGAGUACAAUACAGGCAAAGUACCUGAAGCGGUAUGUCUGUGAGGUUUGUGAUAAGGCGUUUUCUUCCAACUCUGACCUCAAAACCCAUAGAAGGACCCACAGCGGAGAAACUCCUUUUAAGUGUGAUUACUGUGAGAGAAGUUUUAAACAAAGGGGUCAUAGAAAACUUCACAUCCAGGUUGCUCACACGAAAGAAAUGCCAUAUAAAUGCCACUUGUGUGACUCUGCGUUCCCCACCCGCUAUCGGUACCAAGUUCAUGUAAAGCGUCACUCUGGGGUUAGAGAGUUCAAGUGUAACCAUUGUGAGAAAGAGUAUUACACUUUUGGAAAGCUGAAUGAGCACAAAAAGAAGCGGCACCAAGCUGAGUGGCAGGAGGAGCAGGCACAGAAACUAGCUAAAGCUCAAUAGACUUUCUUCUUCGUCUGUGGUAGUCUUCAGACUUGUCUUGAGAUGUUUCUCUUGGAUAAUAUAACCAUAACUUUUUGAAAAAGUUUAUGCGACAUGUGAAGAUAAAUUUUGCAAAUACAUGCAUAAUUCUCCCAAGUUACCUCCCAGUGUAAUGGAAAUUGUGUAAGGCAAGCUUUAAAGAUAUUCUUGGACUGUUUUUUUUAUAUAUAUAAAUAUACUAAGCCAGUUCAUCAGUUUAUUGGGAUGUUUUUCGUAGGCAGGCUUUACAAAGAAUUCCUAGAUACCUUGAAAGGUCAACUCCAAGACCCUUUUAAAUGUCUUUUUCGGGCCUUUCCUAGACUUUGAUGAAUGUCUUAUUUGGCACUAUAUGAAGUUUGUUUUAAAUAUAAUAACAAGAGCCUUUGCAUUUUUUAAAAAGAGAAUGGAAUCGGUAUAACAACCGAAAAUUUAGCUGAUCCUGUUUGGGCUGGGGUUUAUUUUUUUAUUAUUAUUAAUUUUUUUUUUUCCCCAGUUGAGUUGAAGAACUGUUUUGAUAGAUAUUAGAAGGGAGUUGAAUUUAGGUUUUUGACACCAUCCUGUAAAGAAGUAUACUGACAUGAUAAGUCAGAGUAGUAAUAAAAAUGGUAUUUGUUGGGAUGGGGGAGAGACAAAGUUUCUGCCUGAAUACUUCUCACAAUGACUUUCACCAAAAAGAUACAGUAUAUCAGGGGCAAAAAUGGAGGUGUGAUAUUGCAUUUUUGUAUUUUUAUGUAUAUUAUAACUGAAUGUUUUUUAAGAUACAUCAUGACUAUUCAGAGUAUAAUAUAAUGUUUAUGUGUUUGUUGUUGUGAUUGUGUAGUUUUAGAUCCUGCUGAAGUCUAAGUAAAAAGAUAUAAUAUUAGAAUUACUCUCCUGAAAAUUGGAAUAGGUCUGCCAUGCCACUUGUACCUUUGUAAUAGACAACAAACAAGAGAGGGGUUAUUAAACAGUUUAAACUGGGUCAAAGAAGAAGUUAAAAAAGCAACACCCAUUCUGUUUGAAUACUUAGUUGUUUUUUUUUUCUUUUGUACAAACUGUUUAUUAGUGCACGCUUCUGUCUUAUUUGCUCCUUUUAUUUUUUUGGUAGCAUUUGUAUUUAAACCUCAUCUGCUCUUAAUAAAAUGAGAUAGAGCUAACUAGCCUUAAAACUGCAACUCACAUCUUUUUUACAUUCAAAAGAAAAUUUUGGUGUACUCAAUUCUGUUUUGUUCUAGAAUUGUGUCAGCUUUUGUUCUUACAAUAACAGCUCUUUUUUUUUUUUUGAAAGCCUUUAUACAAUGAUAUAUAUAUAUAUGUGUGGAAGUAAAUAAGGAGAAGGGCUUGGUAGAGCGUUUCAUUUUUCCUUGUCAGUGUAAUUUUAGUAGCUUUUGUUGUGUAACUUAGUGUAAACUGAAAGUCAUUCUUUAAAAUGAAGAGAUUGGAUUUAUACUUUUCCUAUUGUUUUUAUCAUAAGACAGCAAAAAAUAUUUUUGGAGUGCUUUCCUAAAAAUGUCAGAAUGAUUUUUUUAGUUAAAUUGCAAUUCAUUGGAAGCUGCAGGAGUGUGUAUUUUCUCAGGAUAAUGUGUUCUUCUAUAUUUUGUACCAACACCUGUGGUAUAAUGAAUUCAGGGUUAUUCAACUCUACCUUGCCUGCAAAAGAUCUGUUGGGGUACGGUAUGGUAUUCCCACAUCCAGGGUUUGCCCUGGCUGGCAAGGUCAGACUGAGUCUCUGCAGCCUCCACCCUAAAUGAUCUAAAUUAUCAUUAGCAUAUUUCAUGUAAGGCCAUUGUAUUUCUCAUUGAAUAGUUGAGUGAGGAUAUGGAGGCCUUCAAAAUUGUUGGAUUUUUUACUGUGCCAGGAGAACGUCUCUUUUAACUUAUUUCUGAAUGGCGUAUAACUUUUGAAUGUAACAUUUACUUUCAUCUUUCUUUCAACUCUUUCUUAUUCAUGUUUGUAACACUGUAGUUGUUUUAUUUCCCUAUAAUAAAAUCGUGCCAUG